CCAUGGGUGGAACGCCCGGGCGCCCUUAAGAAGUAGGGAGCAGCGGGGCGGCUGGUCUCAUCUGCCACUUCAGCGCGCUGGGGGUCAGGGGCUGCGCCAGGCCCCCGCUAGACCCAUGCAUUGCACCAGAGUAUUGGACUACUUUCCUCAUCAGCCAAGAAUGGCGGUGGACGUAGCCAUGCAGCUCUAUCUGUGCUCCUCCCCCUUGAGAAGAGAGAAGUACUCCUAUAAAAUAGCCCCAAAGCUAAACAAGCCAUUGCGUCCCUGCCUUCAGUUGAACAGCAAGACUGAACUAAACAAACCUGGAGAGGCAACUGCUGUUCUGCAGGGAAACAAGAUGAAAAAGAGAGUGUCAUUUGCUGACAGCAGAGGCUUGUCCCUGACGGUAGUGAAAGUGUUCUCCGAAUUUGAUGACACAUUGGAUAUCCCAUUCAACAUCACAGAGCUAAUAGACAAUAUUGUGGGUCUGACAACCGUAGAGAGAGACACCUUUGUCUUAGAUUUUGUGCAGCCUGCUGCAGACUACCUGGACUUCAGGAAUCGUCUCCAGGCAGAUUCUGUCUGCCUUGAAAACUGUAUGUUAAAAGAUAAGUCUAUUGUGGGCACAGUGAAGGUGAAAAAUCUUGCUUUUGAGAAGACUGUGAUGAUAAGGAUGACAUUUGACACCUGGAAAAGCCACACAGACUAUCCAUGCCAAUAUGUCAAGGACACUUAUGAAAGUUCAGACAGGGACACAUUUUCCUUUGAUAUCAGCUUGCCAGACAGAAUUCAGUCCCAUGAAAGAAUGGAGUUCGCCAUCUUUUACAAGUGUAAUGGGAAGGUCUACUGGGACAGCAACAGAGGCAUGAAUUACAGGAUCGUCCAGUCUGAACUGAAAUCUGCUCGGGAAGUGCUGCAGCCUCAGGAUGACUCUGACUUUGCAAGUGCCUUUGACCAAUUUGGGAGUCCUAGGUGUUCCUAUGGCCUGUUCCCUGAAUGGCCUAGCUAUUCAGGUUAUGAAAAGUUAGGGCCUUAUUAUUAAUGUAGGUAAAAGUCCCAAUUCACUAACCCUUGCUGUCCUGGCUGUGAGCUUGGGAGAUGGCUUGAACAUGCUGAUGUUUGCAAGUGAGCUGAAGAAAUGACACUUGACAUGGCUCUGCAAACCUUGUUGUGGUAAACCAAGAUGACUGGAAGUCAGUGAUCACAGUUGGGUUUAAUGCCAUCUAAACAAGUGUCUUCCCCCUUUCUCCACCCCUCAGCUAAAUACUUGGCUCUCAAAGCCCAACAGAAUGGGAGAUCUUGUUGAGUGUUUCUCCAAUGCUGCUAAUCCUGGUCUGUAUAAUGCUGCUAGUCUCCUCCAGCCAAACACUGCAGUGUUUGCAUUGUUUGCUUAGGUAUGUACAGUAGUAAGGUUUGGUUACUGUGUUGCACUCUAGUGUUAUUACAAGCUUAAUUUAUAUCAGCAGGGUUGGGGUUUGUUUGGUUUUUUGAGAGGGGGGUUACUGUUUUUAAACUAUGCUCUAAUAUUUCUGUAGCACUGUGCAACUUGGCUUUGCUACAGCUUUCAUCUUACAAAGGCAAUUUGUGCUUGACAGGAAACAGUAAAGACAAACUAGCUUGCAGCAAAGGGAAGACACAAGUGACCUUCUCUCUCCUCUCUUUCCCCCCCCCCCCCCCCUUGUUCCUUUGGCUGGAUUCUUUUAGCCUUAGAUGGACAUUUUAGAAAUUAUAAUGUAACUGUGACUAAAAGGGAAAAAUAACCUUGCUUUGUGCUGCAUUAAGAGAGAAAUCUUUCUCCUAAAUGGAGACUUGGUGCAAUUGGUCACUAAUUACUCUAGGAGUUUUAUUAAAAACUUCUUUGUGUAAUAAGUGGAAGGUGGGUUGUGUUUUCCUUCCCCUCCUGGUAGAGCUGUCCUGUAACCUUGUCACUCUAGGGUUAAGUCUUUGACUCAAGUAUUCCAAAGUCCUUUCUUUUCUUUUUAAAUAAGAGGAGGUAAAAGAUCCCCAUUCUGUUAUCAAUACAUGUUACUAUUGACCAUUUGCCUUAUCAAGCAUGUGGAGUGGAGUAGCUCCUGUUGCUGGCACUAAAAAGUCUGGACAAGACUGAACAUUAAUUUUCAGUCUUGUCCAGAACUUGGUGCCAACGGGUUCAUGCAUAGUAUGUGAAUAUUUGCAGGUUUCUCUGUGGAUUAAUGUGAUAAACCUCUACUGCUUUCUGCCAUGUCUAUUAAGAUGAUUCAUUACUAAAACUAACUUCCUCCUGUGGUGUGAGUGCCUUAGCUAAGAACAUCUUUCUUGAAUGUAACCACAGCUCUGGCUUGAAAUACAUAGGUUUCUGAAAGGUUACUUGUAGCUCUCUGAAGGAAAAAAAUAAAAGUUUUGGUAGUCUUUUUAAUUCAAGCCCAGAGCUGUGGUGCCCCCUGGUCUUGCACUAGAAGGGGUGUGUAGCUUUUUGUGCACAGCUUUCAAACUAAAAUGGGUUUACUUGGUAGAAGAGCAGACUUACACAGAAGACCAUGCUUAGUUGUCACACCUGUGUCUUGUAUUAAAAUUGUAAUAGCUUUCACAACUUUAAUCUUGUGCAUACAUUUCCCUUCAAUGCUAUUUUGGUAAGAAAUGGACUUUUCAAAAACGGGAUAAGAGAAGGAUGGACUCUAAUCCAAGAAUGAACAAUAGUUCUCUCUAAGGCAUAAGAUGGCAUCGUUCUUCCACUAUUGAAAGAGAGAUCUUGUUGCUAGAGAGAGAGAUCCUUGGCUUUUUUUUUUUUUUUAAUGAUGAAAUAAAUUGCAAAAUUAAUCCCAUACUGCCAAGCAAGAUGUGGCAAAAAUACUCACUGCAAUCAUUUAAACAGCUGACCUGCUAGUCAAACCAAAUAACUUAAUUUAUAUGUUUAAACUGAGUAAAUAAAAUAAGGUUUAAAGGUAUUUCAAGACAUUCAACUUUGCUAGUGCAUAGCUUUAGAUAUGUGAUGCUAAUGUUGGCAUGCUUGUGGAAAAGCAGAUGUCUCUUGCUAUUCUCCACAAUUGAAAAUCUCAUCUCUCUCUCUCUCUCUCUCUCUCUCUCUCUCCCUCUCUCUCUCUCUCUCUCUUUCCAAAUAGCUCUUCAAUUUUUGGAUACCAUGGUACAAAGUACUUUUAAACUGCCAUACCAUAACUGAGGAGAAGAUGCACCCAACUUCUAAUAAAAUAGUUAUGAAAAAACAGAUAGCUCUUGUAGGGAGACAGCAUCAUUUUUUAUCUUUGCAUCAAUAAGGGGGGGGUUGGACCGCAUUUUUAUGCUACAAAUCACUAACUUCAGGCAUUAAAAUAGCUGUGUGUGUAUAUAUGAAAACCAAAGUUCAACAGACUUCAUUCACUAGUUUGGAAAAGCUUUUAUGAAUUUUUUGAGAGGUUAAAUAAAGUCCUUCAUAAAGUUGUCUUUUGUAAAGACCUUCACCAAGCCUAACUUAAAACUAUGUUUAGACUGCAGAAGCUGGGCACAAUAAUUAAAGGGUUUACCUUGCCUAGAAUUUAGAAGUGUGGUGUUAGAGCAUUUUAGAUAAUAAGCUGAAAAGCUCAAUGGAGUUGUGUUCUAAUACUACCUAGAAAUAACAGUUCAGUCAAACCCUAAAAUGCAGUGGUCUUAUGAGUCUCUAGUGCCAUGGAUAGUGAUGUGCUUUUAUUCCUCUGUACUGGCAUCAUUGAGGAGUUUGUAGUUCCAAAGAAAUGGAACCAGUGUAUACUGUUGUGCACAAAAUGCAUAAAGCUGUGAUUGUUAAUGCCAUACAAAUCUUAACGUUGUGCUGGGAACUGACUCUGACCAGUGGUGGUCUUUUAUUUUUAUUUUUAUUUUUAAGGUAAUAUCUUGGGUCCUGCCCUGUUUCCCUUCCCUGCCUCCCCCCUGCUCCAAUCCUUGAUCCUUUCCUUUUGCCAAUGUGAAUGUAGAAUUGAGGGACUGCUGUCCUCUUUCUAUGUCUGGAAGUGCCUUGUGAUGAUUUUGCAUGUUUGUUUUUUUUUUUUUUUUUUUAAAUAUUUUUGUACACGACGUUCAAGGUAAAAUGCACUUUAUAUACAAUCACAAAAUAGUGGACUAGCUAUCUUUUUAAAAGAAUGGUUUGUUUUUAUCUGAAUGUGAAAAUAAAGGUUGAAUAAAAAAA